CGGCGGGCCGCUCUGUGAAGGAGAAGGUUCUGGAAGAGGCUGGGCCGGGACAAGGUGGAGCCGGGAUCUCUCUGCGGGAGCCCGGCAGUUGCGGCCAUGAGGCCAUGGGCGGUGGUGCUGGCCUUGUGGGUGGUGCUGAGGCCUGCGGCAGGGCGACAACGCCUCCUGCCGGCCAUCACAGAUACCGCCUUCAUCAAGGAGUGCGUGCGCGGCCACAAUGACUUCCGCUCCAAAGUCCAGCCAGAGGCCAGCAACAUGCGGUACAUGACUUGGGAUGCAGCUUUGGCAAGGACUGCAAGGGCGUGGGCAAGAAAAUGUGUUUUUGAACAUAAUGUAUACUUAAAGGAGAGAUAUCAGUGCCAUCCUCAUUUCACAUCUAUUGGAGAGAAUAUUUGGGUUGGAAGUGUUCAAGCAUUUAAUGUUACUGGUGCCAUUAAAUCGUGGUAUGAUGAGGUCGCGUUCUAUGUCUUUAAUGUGGAUGUAUGUUCUAAGUUCUGCGGUCAUUACCUUCAGGUCGUUUCGGACUGUUCAUAUAAAAUAGGCUGUGCUGUUGCUCCAUGUAACAAAAUCGGAAGAAUACGAAAUGCAGCAAAUUUUGUUUGCAACUAUGCACCAAGUGGUAAUUUGCAAAGAAGACCAUAUAUAGAAGGAAGAGCAUGCAGUCAUUGUGCAAAUGACACCUGUGAAAAUAAACUGUGUAGAAAUACAGAACGUGAUAAACUUACCUAUUAUUCAGGAUGGCGACCUGCUUGGGAGUUCAGCAUCACAUGCGAUGAGGCUUGUGUCAGUCUUGUGGUUUUGAGAACAGUACUGUUAGUUCUUGCUUUUGCCUGUGUUUAUUUUACAAGAGGCUACUUUACAGACAUGCCUAUAAACACCUAAUUGGAUUUGAAACACAUAAUAUCUUCUGAAGAUACUUGCUAACGAAAUAAGCAAAAAUGUCAUACUGAUGUGACAUUAAUGACAACUUUCUUUGACAGUAAUUUUGUUCCUAUUAUUUUAUGCUCCUUAGAGAAAGCUAACAUGCCAAAAAAAAAAAAGUGAAACUGUAUGUGGGUAAAAUCCAUAUUGGGAAAAUAUUAAGCUAAAGAUGGUAUCUGGUAAGGUUUGGAGCAUUUAAUUUUUAAAUACAAGAUUUCCCAAAACUGU